AUGCAUAAAACAAACAAAAGAACCAAUGCUAGCUUUAACGAUUCAAAGGCACAACUAUCUGACCUUAAUUAUAAAUUUGAAGAAAAUGGUGACAUAAAAAUGUUUGAAAAAAAUUCAGAGAAUAAUAAUAAACACACUCACAAUAUUCCUACCAGAAAUGAUAACAAUAACAAACUUCCCCACUUUGAACGUGAUAAACUUCCCCACUUUGAACAUGAUAAAAAUAGUUCAAAUUUGAAUCGAUCUCAUAAUUCGAGUGAGUUAAAUAAAAUGAAAAAAUAUAAAAAUAAAAAUCAUAAAACAUUAAACCCUAAUUAUAUGGAUAUAAAUAAUAUAGACUUAGAAUCAUAUAUGAUUAAAGGGAAAAAAAAAAAAAAAAUUUUGAAUAACAAUAUAAUAAAAAAUUCCAAUAUAGAAUUAAAUAAUAAAUUAAACCCAGCAUUAACAUUAGUAGCAUCUAAAGCAGUCAAUGGUUUAUUAGAUGGGGUUCAUAAACAUAUGCAAGGUCCUUUUUCUUUGAGUACAGAUCCUAAUGGGAAUUCUCCUUUAGCUCCACAAAUUUUAACUCCAAAUUUAUAUCCCAAUAUUCCUAACCCUUUUAAUUUAAAUAAUGGAAUGCCUCAACCUACUGCUUCCCCAAUAUCUAUUCCCGUUUCUUCACCACAACCUUCUUCAUCACAAAAUGUGCCUCAAUCUAUACCAACACAAUCACAAGUGGUUUCUAAUAAUCCUCAAAAUAAUAUAGUUUCUACAUCUGGGCAAGGAAAUACAUCUCCUAACAUUCCAAUGCCUGUUACUCAAUUAACUUAUCAACAAUCUGAUAAUAUUCCAAAUCUUAUGUCUGCAAAUCAAAUAGCUCAAAACCCUGCUUUUAAUAUUCACCCUACUGCAACUAAUCUCCGAGAUAAUCCUGGAAAUGUAAAUUAUAAUGAGGUAGUAACUAUAACUAUUGGAAUAGUUAUUUGUCUUUUUCUUUUUUGUUUUAUUUUUGGAUGUUUAACAAAAAUGUGCAAACCGGCCAAAAGGAGAAGAUGA